GGAGCGGUGGCUCCAAAUGUGGCAGGGGAGAGCAGCAGGCAGCGGCGGCAGAGGAGGGGGGCACACGAGAGAAGGGGCGCAGCUGUCCCCGCGGCGGAGCUGAGCGGCCUGGCGAGGCAGGGGGGCUCCGGCAACUGCAGCUCUGGCACCCCCAGGCCGUCCGCCUGGCACCCCCGGGCCCCGCCCGGCCAGCAGCCUGGACUGGCAUAACAAAUGAUGAAUGGAUUCUGUCAAUUCAAGCAAAGACUUACUUCACAAAAUUCCUGUGCCUUUCAUCUCCCAGAGUAACUGAGUCAAUUUGUCAAGAGGAAAGAAGGCUUCAAAAUCUUCCAUUUACAUAGGGCUAAAAUAUAGUAUCUCGGAAGCAUAAGAGUAAAAAUCAUCUGAUGUUGCCUUUGAGAAAUAUAAUUGAAAAUACUUCUUCAGCUAAUCUUGGGACAAGCAAAUUCUCGUUUGAAUGGUGGAUUAACAAGUAGUAAUUUUAUCAUUUUGAAGGCUAAGAGGAAAUUUUAAGAGUUGGAAAGAACUGGAUUUUCACCCUAGUCCAGCAGCUUUGCUGCUCACUUAAACACAGAUGAAUGAAGACCCCAUUCGGAAAGACACCAGGUCAGCGAUCCAGAGCUGAUGCAGGGCAUGCAGGAGUGUCUGCCAGCAUGAUGAAGAAGAGAACUUCUCACAAAAAGCAUCGAAACAACGUGGGACCUAGCAAACCCAUUUCUCAGCCCCGAAGAAAUAUUGUAGGGUGCAGAAUACAGCAUGGAUGGAAAGAAGGGAGUGGACCUGUAACACAAUGGAAGGGGACAGUUCUUGAUCAGGUUCCUGUAAACCCUUCUCUCUACCUUAUUAAGUAUGAUGGAUUUGAUUGUGUCUAUGGACUAGAACUGCACAAAGAUGAAAGAGUGUCAGCGCUUGAAGUCCUUCCAGACAGAGUUGCUUCUUCUCGAAUCAGUGAUGCCCACCUGGCAGACACAAUGAUUGGCAAAGCUGUGGAACAUAUGUUUGAAACAGAGGAUGGCUCAAAAGAUGAGUGGAGGGGGAUGGUCUUGGCUCGAGCUCCUAUAAUGAACACGUGGUUUUAUAUUACUUAUGAGAAGGAUCCUGUCUUGUACAUGUAUCAGCUCUUAGAUGACUAUAAAGAAGGUGACCUCCGCAUUAUGCCUGAUUCCAAUGAUUCGCCUCCAGCAGAACGGGAACCAGGUGAAGUUGUGGACAGCCUGGUAGGCAAACAAGUGGAAUAUGCCAAAGAAGAUGGCUCUAAAAGGACUGGCAUGGUCAUUCAUCAAGUUGAAGCCAAACCUUCUGUCUAUUUCAUCAAGUUUGAUGAUGAUUUCCAUAUUUAUGUCUAUGAUUUAGUGAAAACAUCUUAGACAUCAUCGUGAACUUUUGCCAAACUUGUGGAACUAUUAAAUGUAAAAUUUGUAGACACAAAGACUUGACUGCUUUCCAGUUUAAUGAAAGCUUAAAUGUCCCUGCGAACCCACAAUCUCUGCCAACAAAACUGUUUUGUUCUGAAUAAUACAAACAAAUUUGUGUGAACAUGACACAUUUUGUGAAAGGGAACUCCUUUUCUUGAAGGAAGUCACUAUAUUUUUGGGGAGAGGGAGUUAAAGUAAACAGCUGCAAAUUCAAGCUGUGUAAAGUUGAUCUAGUAUUGUAAUCAUUAAUCUAAAAAUUUUUUCAUAGCCUUUAACUUUUUCUUCAACCUCGCACUCACCUGUUCAACUGCCACAUGCAAGUGUAGUUUGAUAUUUUCAAUAUUGCCUUCUUAUGUAACAUUAAAUCUAAUUUCUUGGCUACUGGCAGUCCUUGUUUUCAGGGUUGGGGUUGAGAUGAUUUCAAAAAGAAGUAAAUGGUUGGUUUGUGCAGUUUUAAGGAGUGCCUAACCCAAGUAACAUCAAUCUACUGUGUUUCUACACCUUAUUUCAGGGUAGCUUUUUAAGAAAUAGCAGUACAUGGGAAUAUUUGUGCAUCUUAGUAGACACAAGACAGUACAACAUCAAAUGUUUGACUUGCACCUUUCAGUGAAAAGGCUUCAAACUAUAAAAGGUUUAAUCAUCUAUAUAAACUGUUGAUUAGAAAAUGCAGGUUAAUGGCCCACAUUUACAAGUUGUAGGAACCAGUAAAACUAAACCAAACAAGGCUGCCUUCAAUUCUAAAUGUUGUAUUUUUGUUAUACACACGUCUUAACAAACCCAAGUGCGUGGUGCCACAACAGUCAUAACAUUAUGUUACUUCAGAAAGAUCUUUAGACUACACAUUGGCAAUCAGUAGUCUCUCAUUUAAUAUAAAAAUUAGCAACCUGGAUGUUUGUGUGUGGACUUAAAAGCCUAAUAGUUUAUCUGUUACAUGUAAAGACAAAAACCUCAUGAAAGAACAGUCCUCUUUCAUUAAAGACUUAUUUUAGAGAAGGAGAAGCAUUUGUUGCCUUCUGCUCAGUCUGCUGCAUUCCUUUUUUUUUUAUUAUUAUUUUCUCCCAAGAAAACAUCUUUCUUAGCUCUUCUUUCUGGCUUUUCUACGAGUGUCCGGACAAAUCAUCUACAGCUUAAACCUGUUGUCGCCUUUUGUGGUGUACGUUGUACUCGCUUUGAGGUAUGCUGUUACGUGAAUUUCAUUCAAUGAACACUAGAGUUCUGCAUGCCAGUGGUGUACUAACUAAUGAAAGCUAUAGGCAGCCUCAGUGGUUUGGUCAUCUGCAUUAGAUUGUGGAUGUAAAUAGCAGCCCACAGCAGAAGAAUCCUUUCACGGUUUUAAUCUUGCAAGAUAGUUGUAAACCAAGGUAGUUUUUUAAAUUUGGCAGUUUUUAAAAGUAAUCAGAAUGGCAAAAAUGGUCAGUUCAGCACUAAAUUGUCAUGUCACAUUAGGGCAGAGCUUUGCAAGUUUGAAAGCACUGCUUCACAGAAGGCUAGUAUGUGAAGCCAGUUAUCACUGUUGAGGGGAGGAACACCCAGAUACCCAACCUUACACAGAAGACUAGAAAAAGGUGCUGUUAAUCAGAGAUCUGAGGCCCAGAUGACCUCUACUAUGGAUGUCCUUGACAUUGAAGAUUCAGUGGUUUAAGCCCCUGUCUAUCCAUUUUUGCCUGACUUCAUAUUUUAGCCUUAAGGCUUGUGCCUCAUUAUGCUGUUGAAUGGUAACAAAUACUCACCAUAUAAAUACAGUACCUUAAUUCUUUGUCCAUUGCUACUAUUGCAUUAUGUCCAGUAUUUCAUCAUGGGCAACCAAAGGCAGGCCAUUGUCUUUCAGUGAAUAGCUUCUCAAUGCAGUCCUUAAGUACUAAGUACCUGAAUCAUAAAUGUUCCUUGUGUUUUUGAACAAAGUGAGCAGAUUUGCAACAUAGUGUUUUCAUCCUGCAGAUCUGUUAUGUGUUUUCUAUUGACUCUUAAGAGUCCUGCAUGUAAAUCUCAAAGCUGAGCCUGGCUCCAUGAGCCCAAGUUGAUAUUUGUGGCACAAGAAUGAGUGAGUGUAUUGAUUAUACACAGGAUACGUGCAUAACGUAGUACAGUGAAUUUUGGGCUAUACAUCUGAGGAAAACAAAGUUUGUUUUGAAAUAUUUGAAGUUUAGGUCUACUGAAACAUUUUUAGCAUUAAAGGCUUGCAUUUGUGGGUUUUCUGCAAGCCACUUUAAUAUACCACAUAAUCUGCCAAUUAGUGGAGUAUAAUCUGUAAUUUUUUAUGGCCUUUUAAGUGUCCCCGUUGUCUGUUGCUUUGUUGGUUUUUGGGUUGGGUUUUUUUGGUUUUGUUUUGUUUUUUGAUAGCUUAAAUCACCUUUUUUGUGGCUUGACACUAAUUCCACUUCCUGCCCUUCUGCUUUGGGCUUUGUUUUAGGCUCAUGUUUCAGAUCUGCAUGCAGUGCUUGCGUUACCCUGGUAACUAAAUGUUGGUUCCUUGUUCUAGGGGUUCAACAUUACUUUCCAAAAUUAUCAUGGGGCUUGUCACAGCACAAGCCGGGAUCUGUGUAUAAAAGUUAUUGGCCUUUCUCAUUUACCUGCUGUAGUAUUGUUGUAUAUUGUGUGUGCGUGUGUGCGUGUGUGUGUGUGUAUGAUGUCAGGCUGCCAUGUAAAAUUUAAAAAAGAAAAAAAAAUCUUAAAUGCAGACCAUCCUUUUUUGCAUGCUUAGAAGGUAGAAUGUUCAAUGUAACAAACUAAAGUUGCAUGUUAAAAAUGUUUAGGUUUUUUGUUUUUGUUUUGUUUUAUUUUGUGUUCAGUUUUUGUGAAUUUGCUUAUUGUGCUGUUUUAAUGGAUGUUAGUAGGACUAAAUGCACCGGUGAGGCGAGCAUAGUGCCAACAGAAGGUAAUUUUCCAGUUGUAUGUGUCACAGCAUUUGAAGGGACCAUGUAUUCUGUUCACUAGUAAAUAAAAUCACAGUUGAAUCUAAAACACCACAUUUUUUCUUUUGAGUGCCAAACCCUAAAUUAAGUUGAAAUAGAAAACAUAAAGACCUAAGUACAUUGGGGAAAACCCUGUUAAACUUCACAAAUCGCAAUACAUAAAAGUCUUUUUUUUUUUUCUUUUUUCAAUUGAUUCAUUUUAAAACUGAAGGUUUCUUCGAGGACAGCAGCAAUUACAAUCAAUACAGGGAAGGAGAAUUAUAGCUAAAACAGUUUCUUGUUCCUUUAAAAUGCUGUGCUUUUUGUAUUUUACAUCAUUAGUGCAAUUUGGAUGGUUCUUGGUAUGUGUAUAGUUCAAAGGUCUUCGUGUUCACAUUUUAAAAUUAGGUAAUGACUUCAUCUUUAGAGCUUGGUUUCAUUAUUUUUAUUUUAUUUUGAACAAUGUAGACAGUUCCCUGUUCUCUGCAUUUAGAAGUAUAAACACUUUAAAUCUGUUACUUAAUUCUGUAAGUAAUUUUUAUAAUUAUGAUGUAACUCUAUCCUUAAAACAUUUAAAAUAAACCCUUUAUGUGCAACUUAUGACUGUAAAUUUUGUUCUCACGAGCAAAAUGUAGUGGUGUGGUCUAAAAUUGUGAAGAAGCAGUUUCUUCAGUUUUAUAAUUAAAAAAGGACUUAUUAUUUUAACAUUGA